GUUUCACAGCCUACCUGUUGUCGGAGGAGUGCGAUCUGUUUGAUCCCGAGCACCUGUCUGUCUGCCAAGACAUGACCCACCCGCUCAGUCACUACUUCAUCGCCAGCUCACAUAACACGUAUUUAUUAGAAGACCAACUGAAAGGACCCUCAAGUGUGGACGGCUACAUCAGAGCGCUGCAGAAGGGCUGUCGGUGUGUGGAGUUGGACUGCUGGGACGGCCCUAAUGAUGAACCAAUCAUAUACCAUGGCCACACACUGACAUCCAAAAUCUCUUUCAAGUCAGUUAUUGAAGCGAUCAAUGAGCAUGCUUUUGCUUAUUCAGAGUAUCCUGUGAUAUUGGCCAUAGAAAACCACUGCACGGUGAAACAACAGCAGACUAUGGCACACUACCUGAAGUCCAUCUUUGGAGACAGACUGUUUGCUAGCAGUGUGGAUAUAAACCGAACCACACUUCCUUCGCCAGAGUUUUUUAAAGGAAAGAUACUCAUUAAAGGUAAAAAACUUCCAUCUAGCAAUGAAUCCAGUGAAGGAUAUGUUACUGACGAGGAUGAAGGGGCAGAACCUGAGAAAAAGAAAAAUCAGAAAAGGGUAAGUUAUGUUCCAUUCAUUUUACACACACAUGCACACAAGUACUGGGAGAUGAAUUCCUUCAGUGAGUCUCAGGCCCUCAAAUUGGCCUUGUCCUGCCCGGAGGAGUUUGUGAACCACAACAAGAAAUUUUUGUCCCGGGUUUACCCAAACGGCAUGAGGGUGGAUUCCAGUAACUAUAACCCACAGGACCUCUGGAACUGCGGGUGUCAGAUGGUUGCCCUCAACUUCCAAACAGCAGGGCUGAUGAUGGACCUCUACCAUGGGUGGUUCCAGAAAAAUGGGGCCUGUGGUUACAUCCUGAAACCUGCCAUCAUGAGAGAGGAGAUUGCUUACUUCAGUGCCAAUACUCGGGAUGUGAUACCUGGUGUAUCACCUCAGAUUCUCCACAUAAAGAUCAUCAGUGGCCAGAACUUUCCAAAACCAAAAGGCUCCGCUGCAAAAGGAGAUGUGACAGAUCCCUAUAUCACCAUUGAGGUAUUUGGUAUUCCAGCAGAUUGCUCUGAGGAAAGAACCAAAACUGUCCCGCAUAACGGUUACAACCCCAUUUUCGAUGAAAGCUUUGAGUUCCAGAUAAACCUGCCCGAGCUGGCCUUGGUGAGGUUCGGUGUGCUGGACGAUGACUUCAUUGGGGAUGAGUUCAUCGGGCAGUACACAAUACCUUUUGAAUGUAUGAUGACAGGCUACCGACACAUCCAGCUCCUCUCCAACACAGGGAAUCCCAUGGAGAACUGCACUCUCUUUAUUCAUGUAGCAAUAACAAACAAGAGGGGAGGAGGG